GCCGGAGUGUUGACUGCUGUAAAGAAUUUUCAAUAAUGGCUCCAAAGAAACUCAAGGACAUUGCGCAUAGAAGGUUUGAUCCCCUCAAAGGUACCUGGGUGCUACUUGCUUCUCCGCAAAAGAACAAGCGACCUCGGCAAGGUCAAAGAGAGGUUGUGACAGCCAGUGAGAAGCAAGCAUAUGAUCCCAAUUGCUACUUGUGCCCCGGCAAUACUCGAGCUAAUGGCAUCCGCAACCCCGAAUACACGGGCACAUUUGCUUUUGAAAAUGAUUUUAGCACGGUGAGAAUGGACGAGGGAGAGUGCCACCAACAUACUCCUGAGAUAGACGUUGCCCCAGACUUGCUGCGUGUCGAGCCCGUGAUCGGUCGAUGCUAUGUCCUAACAUAUUCAGCAAUUCACCACUACAAUAUAUCCGAUAUGACGGCCCAAGACGUACUCUGCAUCGUUGACGCCUGGACCAGGAUCUACUCCAGAUACCUUUCUUCUGACAGCCCCCUCAGAAUGAGUACAACGAGUGCCGAUGACCAUGGCCCAAGUUCUCGAGAAGAAACCACUUUGGAAAACACAAACCUCCGGUAUAUGCACGUGUUUGAUAACAAUGGGGAAAUUGUGGGCUGCUCCAACACUCAUCCCCAUGGUCAGAUUUGGAUAACGUCAAGCAUGCCAGAUGGACCAAGCCAGGAAAUUGCACAAAUGAGCAGGUAUCGUCAAUAUCACGGUGGAAGGCAUAUGCUACAAGACUAUGUCCGACUGGAGAUGGACAAAGAAGAACGUAUUGUCUGGCAAAAUGAUGGAUUCCUGGCAGUCUGUCCCUGGUGGGCUGUCUGGCCAUACGAAGUUCUCUUAUUACCAAAGCGUCAAGUCCGGGGGCUGGUUGACCUCAGCCAGACCGAAAAAUUUCAGUUUUCUGAAGCCAUACUGCAAGUGGCCAAGCUAUACGAUAACCUUUUUGAAACAACCUUUCCUUAUAUCUCGGCACUUCAUCAGGCACCGUUGAAUGCCACAGAAGGUGAGUUGGAGAGCAGCUAUCUUCAUAUGCAUUUCAGCCCUCCUUUACUUUUCCCUUCCAUCAAGAAGUUCUUCGGGGGUUACGAACUAUACGCGGAGCCGACACGCGAGAUCACACCGGAGACCGCUGCAGCCCGCUUGAGACAUUCUGGAGCCCAACUUUUAAUGAGUUCAUGUAGAUCUAAAGCUGUUGGGUCUCAGGCCCAAGAAGAAUUCAUGCUCAUAGGGUCCCCCGGUGAGACCCUUCGCAGUGGUGAGACGUCUUCAUGGUGGCGACAAGGGCUGUGAAUUUUGAAAUGAGUUGGUCCGUGGUUUUACUUUCUACGAUGUCCCGAGUAUCUAGAGUAGAAUCUUCGUUGACCUCAAUGCUUUGGAAAGUUGAACGGAAGGUCUUGCAUUAUAAAAUUUUGGAUCCUACUCUCUUGAUUAGGGGCUACCCUACGUAAACAGCUCACCUUGGCCUAUCUGUUUGUUCACGUUGCGCCUAGAAUGCAGAUGAGAAACGUCUAUAAACAAAAGGCGGGUUAGAAGGACCCCUUUUAGCCCGUCGACUCCGGGAAUGUGAUUUGGGUUGUCAGAGGUUGUUGUUAUAUCCUAGUGAACGUCAAAUAUAUAUCUACAACUGUAGCCAGAAAAUACGAUCGCUAGUGCAUGACGGUUAUGUUUAUUUCAGAUAGAAUCAAAGUCAAUAAAUAGUAACGAAGAGGAAUAAUAUUAUUCCUUAUCUUC